AUGGCCACUACUAGCACUACCUCCGCUAUCCCCAUGAAGAACAACGUCGCUUACAACAGCGACUCGGAAUCAGACGGCCAGGCUCGUGGCGGUCGUCGUCCUCAGAACCAGCUUUCCCAAGCUGCUUCAGCUCUACCUAAGCUCCCCACCUCGGCAGGAUUAGCCCAGCCAGCAGGCCAACUUCUAAGGGGUGCAACCGACGAGCACGGCAACCAGAAGUCCGCUGCUCUCCUAGUCGGUAUCAAGCUCGACCUAGAAGCAGAAGUCCACCUGACAGCACGAGUCCGCGGUGACAUCUGCGUCGGUCUUUACUAG